AUGGCCUGGUUGCAGUCAUCGAUAAGCAAUAAGAACCUCCAGCUACAAUCUUCUGCCACCGCUGAACAGAGGGGAAUUUUGACAACAAUCAAUAAAUUCAACGUCAAUCCGUUACAUCAGAGCGCGGGAAGAUCCAUUUAA